CAUUUGAUAGGAAGCGCUACCGAAAUUUAAGAAAUUAUGCUAAUCUCUUUCGCCGUGCGAAUUCAGAUUAGUACGUAUAUUGUUCAUACAUACACAAUUGAGGGCAUAGGACUGUUCUCAGUUGCUUUUCCUUAAGGCGUCAAUGGACGUGAUUCUUCACUAAUUCAGUUGAACAGACAACAUUGCAGAUGGAGACAAUGGCUCUAACAUUGCAGCAAAACAUUCCCAUUACCAUGAAUUUCAGAUCGGGAAAUUCAAAGCAGAGUCGGGAAAACCCAAAAAGCCGCCGCACCAGUCUUCAAAAAUCACGCCAAACCCAACUGGAUUUCAAUCAGCAAAUCCCAACCAGAACCAAACUCGAAGCUCUUGAAACUGUCAUCACUAAAAUAGAAGUCACUGUGAAAAAUGGCACUGAUAUAUACGACCCGCAAAUCUUUGCUUCCCUUUUAGAAACAUGCUUUCAAUUGCAGGCUAUUGAUCAUGGUAUCCGUGUUCAUGAACUCAUUCCCGAGAAACUUUUACGUAAAAAUGUGGGCAUUUCAUCGAAGCUGAUUAGACUUUACGCCUGCAGUGGACAAACUCAGAAGGCCCAUCAACUGUUUGAUAAAAUGCCUAAGAGAAAUGCCUCGGCAUUUCCUUGGAAUUCGAUUAUAUCAGGAUAUGCUGAGAAGGGUUUGUUUGAAGAUGCGUUAGCCAUGUAUUUCCAGAUGGUGGAAGAGGGUGUGGAGCCUGAUUGUUACACAUUCCCUCGUGCAUUGAAGGCUUGUGGAGGUAUUGGGUUGAUUCACGUAGGAGAAGAAGUUCAUCGGCAUGUGAUUCGUCGUGGGUUUGGAAGUAAUGGGUUUAUUCUAAAUGCACUUGUUGAUAUGUAUUCAAAAUGUGGUGAUAUUGUUAAGGCUCAAAAGCUCUUUGAUCAAAUUGGAACAAAGGAUUUGGUUUCUUGGAAUUCUAUGCUCAUUGGAUACAUGAGGCAUGAGCUGAUAAGUAAAGCGUUAAACCUGUUUCGUCUUAUGAUAUGUGAUGGAAUAGAACCUGACUCUGUCUCUAUAUCAGCAUUACUUGUGGCCAGAUUACAUCACUCAAUUGGGAAACAAAUUCAUGGAUGGGUUCUUCGUCGAGGGACUAAUCAAGAAUUGUCCAUUGUUAACUCAUUGGUUGAUUUCUAUGCAGACCAGAAAAAUUUGAAGCAAGUGAGAUGGUUGUUUGAACAUAUGCAUGAACGGGAUGUAGUAUCAUGGAAUUCAGUCAUUUCUGCUUACUAUAAGCAUCCUGAAGAAGCCCUAUUGUACUUUGAGAAAAUGGUGAAAUCUGGUGACCUGCCGGACAGUGUCACAUUUGUGUCGUUAUUGUCGGCAUGUGCCCAUUUAGGGAAACUAGAGGACGCGGAGAGGCUGUUUAGAAAUAUGAAAGAGAGGUAUGAUAUCAGUCCAAGGAUGGAACAUUAUAGUUGUAUGGUGAAUCUAUAUGGGAGGUUAGGAUUGAUAGACAAAGCUUUUGAUUUUGUUACGAAGAGAAUGGAAUUCGAAGCUGGACCAACAGUUUGGGGUGCAUUGUUAUAUGCUUGCUACAGACAUGGCAAUGUUAAAAUAGGAGAGGUAGCGGCGCAACAUCUGUUCGAGUUGGAGCCAGAUAAUGACCACAAUUUUGAGCUUUUGAUGAAGAUUUAUAAGAAUGCUGGUCUGAUAAAGGAUGUAGAGAGAAUAAAGCUAAUGAUGAUAGAACGAGGAUUGGAUACUUCGAUACCAUACCAAAGAUGUUGAACUUUCUUAAAACGACAUUUUGUCAAUGAUUUUGCGGAUACACAAUACUCCCUAGUGUAUGUAUUUCUUUACACUUUGCACCACAUGCUUUGGUUUUCUUAAUGAUUUGCCUUCUUUAUUGUGCUUAUCUUCGUAAAUUGAAUCAAUGAAAAGUUAGCCAAAAGUUUUACCAUAA